GUCUCGAGUUUUCGUACUAUACGAAGAGCCGUGGAAGUGACGACGACGACUGUCGGUCGAACAAGAGUGCCAUCAAAAUGUUGUCCAGACUUGCUCUUCGUAAUGCAACCAAUGGAUUUAUUCAUGCUCAAAUGUUACCAAUAGCUGUACGUGGCGUACAAACAGUUACUACUUCAAAUGGUCCUCGACCUACACGUCUAAUAGAUCCAGCUCCUGUCAGAUUUGGAUUCCUUCCUGAUUCAUGGUUUACUUUCUUUUAUCCAAAAACUGGAGUUACAGGACCUUAUGUAUUUGGUGUAAGCGUAGGGACAUACUUACUUUCUAAAGAAAUCUAUGUCCUGGAGCAUGAAUUUCAUAAUGCUGUAUCAUUUGCGAUUAUAUGGAUAUUUUUAGUAAAAAAAUUGGGUCCUGCUUUAUCCAAAUAUCUGGAAAAAGAACAAAAUAAAGAAAUUCAAGUAUUUGAGGAUCAAAGAAAUGAAGAAAUUCAAUUUGCAGAAGAUGGUAUAAAACAAAGCAAGGAUGCUAUAUGGAGAGCCGAAGGGCAAAGUCUUCUCAUGGAUGCCAAGAGAGAGAAUAUCAAAAUACAGUUGGAGGCUGUAUAUAGAGAACGUCUUGCUCAUGUUUAUAAAGAGGUAAAGAAACGUUUGGACUACAAUGCUCAAAUACAGAUAGUAGAACGAAGAAUAGCACAAAAACAUAUGGUACAAUGGAUUAUAAACAAUGUGUUAAAAGCAAUAACACCAGAACAAGAAAAAGCAACUCUUCAACAGUGCAUUAAAGAUCUUGAAGCACUUUCUGCAAAAGCAUAAGAGAUUAAUAUAGAUAAAAUCCUCUCUUGAUGCGUAUAUAUUAGAAAAAAUAGAAGGAUUAUAG